AUGUUUGGAGGAGGAGACAAGAUGCCCAGUGUGGGCAGCCUCGACAAGCCCGAGAACCUCGACACCCUCCUGCGCGAGGAUCGCGGAGAUGACUGCACGUCUUGCAGAGUUAUCGGAAGCGGCGCAUUUCUUGGCCUCGCAGCCUAUAACUAUAUGUCUGGCAUGGGACACCUCGAAAAGCAACGUGCGAUGAUUCUGAAGUCCAACUCGAUGUUUGGCAUGCGAAGCCGCAAGUUGGGCGUCGCCAGCAUCUCGAUGGGCCUGGCUUACUUGGGUAUUUGGAGAUUUUUCCGGUAG